AUGAGUCAACCGCAGAUUGUAAUAAAUCCCGAUGAAACGCUCCAUAUAGUCUGUAGACUUCUGUUUUAUAAUAUACCUGGCUUUUAUACCAAUGCCAAAACCCUAUAUAAUGCAUGUCAGAAAGAAGGAUAUUCUUUUCGAUUGCGAGAUAUUGCAAAGUGGUUAGUGUAUCAAUAUAUCCAUCAAAUUUAUCGACAACCACUACCAUGUAAAGCUGAAGCAAGUUUUUCGAAGAUUAAGAUUCCAAACAAGGUUCAGCAGUGUGACAUUCUGCUCCACACUAAAGAUGAUCAGGAUGGUAGAAGGAUAUUUGUUUGUACUUUUCUAAUCAUAGAUGUGGCAACACGUUUUAAAGACGCAAGCUCAAUAACAUCGAGAAAUAGUUUAGAAAUCUGGAAUGCGGUAAAAGAAAUAUUUGAGGAUCCUUCUAAUAAUCUCACAUGGCAAACAUUAUUAAUGACUGAUGGUGAUGCCUCGUUUAGGGGUGCAUUCUUUCGAGGGAUGCAACAAUACAAUGUCCCAAUACGUGUUGUCGACCUUUAUAGUUUAGAGAGCUUGGCUUUGAUUAAAGCGUUUAAGAAAAGAAUAGCAGAAUUAAUAUAUAAAGUCCAAUAUGCUAUAGAGGGACGAUUAACUGACGGAGAGCAAUCAAGACUAUGGAAAAAAAUUCUUAAGAAGUAUAUUGAUUAUUUGAAUAACAGUAAGACACGCUUUAUUGGGAUGUCUCCAGCUCGUGCUAUGACUUUGGAAGAAGUUGAAUCAAAACCUUCUAGGAAAGCUAAGCGCGCAAUUGGAAAAGAUGAGGAGAUAAAGUUACAAAAGGGUACAGCGGUUAGAUAUUUGUUGAAACCAGGUGAAUUGGAAGGGGACCAUAGGCGUAGAGCAACUGAUCCAUACUGGAGCUUGCGUGUCUAUAAGAUAAAAAGAGUUGUUAUUGGGAAGAACCCGCCACAGCCAAUUUUAUACUAUCUUGAAAAUGGACUUAUUGAAUCUACUGCUCAUUUGAUGGGACGAAAUCCCAAAAGACCUUUCAAAUUCGAGGAACUCCAAGUAAUUGAGGAACCUGAUAAAAUCGAAUAUCCACCAGAUGAAUUUAUGCGGAAAUACCAUCCUACUGGAUUCGUUCACUAUGUUCAAGUUGCUAAUAAUAAAUUGACUAAAGCCGAUCAAUAUGCUAAAAAGUGUGGUGGCCAUUGUCUGGAAAAGACCGGGCGAAUAAAUGGACAUAAUGUAUACCUCUGGUCCUGUGAAAAUGGUGCGCAUCAAUGGGAGUAUCCAUUAAAACCAUCAUUUUUGAAUGGGAUGCAAUUAGAUGGUUAUAAUGAAGAAUUAAAAUUGGCUUUUGAAUAUCAUGGAUCCCAACACUAUAAUCUUAAUUCAAUGUUUCAUAAGAGAGGCCAGAUAGAUUUAGAUGAACAAAAAUCCCGAGAUCAAAAAAAGCGAGACAUAUGUAAGCAAGAAGUGGACGAAGUCAAGCCCUCGAAAAAAUAUCAGGGUGAUCCUCAUGCACUGGCAUGGCCUUUUCGAAUUAUAGUUGCAGGGGCUAGCAAUUCGGGUGAGCGCAAUGUUAAAUGCGAUGACGUGAUACUUUGUGGCCACCAUCUUAACGAGCCUAAAUAUAGAAUUGUUCGAAACUUUUAUAAAUAUCUUGCGCAAGAUAAAUCCAAGCCAUACUAUGAAGAUAUCACAUUCUCUACACUCACUCCUGAUAAAAUUCCAGACCCAAAAAAGUUCAAUGUUAAAAGAAGUAAACUAACGAUAUUUGAGGAUGUCUGUUCAGACCCUCCAGCUAUACAGAAAAAAAUUAUUCCAUAUUUUAGUAGAGGUCGCCACGAGAAUAUUUCUUCUAUUUAUGUCUCACAAAAAUUUCACAGGAUUCCUACGGAUAUUCAUGCUGAUCAGCACAAAGCUUCAAAGGUCAUCGAUGGUUAUUUGAGACAAAAGGAAUUUGUGGUCAUCGAUAUAAAUAAACCGAGAUCUGAAUCCUUUUCACUUCGAUGGGACACUCCGCUCAAUUUGGAAAAGGAAAUCAAAUCGUUGGGCAAUACUUCCAACUAG